AUGCCUAGUGUAAAAGCAACAGUAAAAACAGAAGCUCUACCAGUCAAACGUUCAAGAGGCAGACCUCGCAAGAUUGCUCCUGCUUCUGCCACUACUGCUGCCCUCAAAAGAAAAGCAGUUGAACCAGAAGAAGGUGCCAUAUUGAAGAAGGUCAAGGAGGAGGCCGUAGUACAGAGACCUCUUAGACCCAAGAGAACGGCUGCUGUCAAGUUGGAGCCCAAAGCUGAAUCAGUGAGUGCUACUAUCAAGAAGGAGCGUAAGGUAAAGAAAGAGCUUGCUGCGAACUCUGUGUCAAAAGUCAAGAGGGUGGUGAAGCCCAAGAAGCAACCCAAGGAGAUGAAGCCUGCCAAGACAAAGAAGGUGGUCAAGAAAGUGAUCAAGAAGGAACCAAAGCCUAUGAGACAAAUAAAAUCAAGAAUCAUCUAUAAGCUUCCACCUGAAGCUAGUAUCUACUUGGAUGAUGCUAUGCGAGGUAGAAUAUUACGAGCCAUGAAGCAACGCAUGUUUGUCAUGUCGCGAGAGCUGUCUCCUCAAGAUGACACUAUUGAAAAUUUUGAGGUCAUUGGAAGCAUUGGCAAUACUUACACGGUGACCAUUGGUAAUGUCAUUUCAUGCUCAUGUAUGGACCACAUAAUCAGACGCACACACUGCAAACACAUCCUGAUGGUCUUACUCAAAGUCUAUCGUCUUGGAUUGGACAGCCCAAUGUUCCAAAGCUUGCGUACCUCAAAUGAAGAUCGAUUGCGUGCUAGAAGUGGUGGCCGCAAUGUUGACCAUUCCGUCUUGGUACCCACCGCUAUCCGCGAAAAGAUCCUCAAAUUGACAACUGGGCAUUCUGAAGCCCACUCAACUGAACAAGUCAACGAGCGUCGACCUCUGGAUACGUCUGAUUGUCCUAUCUGCUUUGAGGAAUUCGAACAAGCCAAGAUCAACUUGAUUGAUUACUGCAAGGUCUGUGGUAACAACAUUCAUCAAGAGUGCUUCAAUAUGUGGAAGGCAUCCAAGGGCAGAGAUGUUACCUGUGUCUAUUGUCGUGCUCAGUGGGUAUCUCCUAAUGCCAAUAAUGGAGCUACCAAGAAGUCUGCUCGUCAAUUGGAUUCUGCACAUCGCUUUGAAGGUAGAGCUAACUUUGCUCAGGAAUUGGGAAUGGAGCGCAAGAGAGACACCUCAACCUACAAAACCUACCGUGGCUAUCAACUCUCUUUUGAAGGUGAAUAA